GGCCCACUAAGACCCGGCCCAUUCAAAGCGGUCUAAGUCCAGUGUAUCUUCCACAACCACUCGCCGUGUUCUUCAUCUACCGGUACGAGCUGGAGAGCGAUAUCAGAACCAUAAUUCUCGAUUUCUAAGACCAAGAGUCUCUGAUUUCUCUUUGAACUCCGCUAAUGGUGGUGGUGGAAGAUCCGACGGUGGCUUCGGCGAUAUCUCCGCCGAAUUCGUACGGCGCGGUCGUUCUCGGCGGCACGUUCGAUAGGUUGCACGAUGGGCAUCGGCUGUUCCUCAAGGCAGCUGCGGAGCUGGCGAGGGAUCGGAUUGUUGUCGGCGUAUGUGAUGGUCCGAUGUUGACGAACAAACAGUUCUCUGAACUGAUACAGCCUAUUGAAAAAAGGAUGCAUAACGUGGAGAAUUAUAUCAAGUCUAUCAAGCCCCAGCUGGUUGUACAGGCAGAACCCAUUACUGAUCCAUAUGGCCCAUCGAUCGUCGAUGAAAACCUGGAGGCCAUUGUUGUCAGCAAGGAGACACUACCAGGCGGCCUGUCAGUUAACAGGAAGAGAGCAGAAAGAGGGCUUUCGCAACUAAAGAUUGAGGUCGUGGACUUGGUGUCGGAAGGAUCGAGUGGGAAUAAGAUAAGUUCAAGUUCUAUAAGGAAGCUCGAGGCAGAGAAUGCCGAGAAACAGGAAGAACCCCUUGAAGCAUUAUAAUAAUCCCUGAAGAAGGAACUUCCCAUAUACAGACAGACCAAAGUUUUUGCAGAUUUCGCUGCUAAGAUGAACGAUCUCAUGACAAAAUCGUUCUUAAGUUAUGUGGAAUUGAAGAAACAGGCGAGGAAAGAUAUGGAGCGCGAGGAAGAACCCGACAUCGAGAAGGUCAAAUUCAGUUUCAGCCCUGAUGAUGAACAGAAUCUUUCGGGAUUCUUCCAAGAAGUGGAAUCCGUCAAAGCCCUAAUGGAAGAGAUCAUUCAUCUCUUGUUGGAUCUUCAAAACCUCGACGAGGAGGCCAAAACCACUCACGACACCAAAAUCCUUCGUGGGUUGAGAGACAGAAUGGAAUCUGACAUGGUCGCGAUCUCGUGUAAGGCCAAGUCCAUGAAAACACGACUCGAGACGCUCGAGAAAGUCAACAUCGGAGAAAGACAAGCGUCGGAAGCUUUCAUGGAAGGGUCUUGUGUUGAUCGGACACGAACUUCCAUUACCAACGGACUCAGAGCCAAACUCAGAGACACCAUGAACGAUUUUCGUCGUCUGAGAGAGAGAAUCUUUGCAGAUUACAGAGAAGAUCUCAAAAGAGAUUACUUUCUCGCGACGGGUGAAGAACCAAGCAACGAGGACAUAGAGAAGAUGAUAUCAGGAUCUGGGUCGGUGAGGAAAUUUGAAGUGAACCCGGAAAUGGAUCUGAAGACGAAAGAGAGACACGAGGCGGUGGACGACAUAAGGAAGAGUUUGAACAGGCUCCAUCAAGUGUUCCUCGACAUGGCUGUUCUCGUGGAGAUUCAAGGAGACAAAAUUGAUGAUAUUGAAGCUAAUGUUGUUAAUGGAUCAAGCUUCGUGAGUGGCGGGAGAAACAGCCUGUUUUACUCGAACCAGAUGAGGAAGAUGAAGAAGACGAAGAAGAGGUUCUUAUGGAUUCGGAUCGUUGGAUCCAUCAUUCUUCUUGUCUGCGUCAUUUUGGCGGUUUCUUCUCGUUGAUUCUUCAUCAUCCAUGGCAACAAAUUCGUUAAUUAAAUCUUUGGUCCAUUACGGAUUCGUUAAUGUCG